AGUUGAAUCAUUGCAUAAUCCGUUCGUUGCAUAGAAACGCCGACGUUUCUCUUACUUUACAAGAAAUAAACUACAAUAGAUUUAAGCGAUGAAUCCUGAUAUGCGUCGAGAAAGAGAAAAUGCAACAUUUGAGCCGGAGAUUCUUACUAAUGUUCUGGAAGGGGGCGCAGAGAAAACACGCCGGAGGAGAGAGAUAGAAUCUCUUGUCAUCAAUGACCCUGAUUUUCAUCAUGAAGAUGUGAACUUCAUGUCUCGCAGUGAGCGCUAUGAUGUUGCUUUGAAGAAAAGCAUCACAAUGUUUACCAAACUGAGGGAUUAUGGCAUCUCUGAUCCAGAGGAGAUUUAUCUCUUUAAGAGAGCUGUACGGAAAAACCUUCAUGAGCCUUUCGGUCUGCACUUCGUCAUGUUCCUACCCACUGUGUACAACCAGUGCACCCCCAAACAGCAAGAUAAAUGGCUGCCGCUGAGCACAUCGCUCCAGGUGAUCGGCACGUACGCCCAGACUGAACUGGGGCACGGAACACACAUUCGUGGCCUUGAGACCACAGCGACCUACGACCCGGCAACUCAAGAGUUUGUCUUAAACAGCCCCACUGUCACUUCCAUCAAGUGGUGGCCAGGAGGAUUGGGUAAGACGUCAAAUCAUGCUAUUGUGUUGGCACAGCUCCACACACAGGGUAAAUGUCAUGGCCUGCACGCCUUCAUCGUUCCUAUUCGUUGCAUGAAAACUCAUCAGCCCCUGCCAGGUGUGACCGUGGGUGACAUUGGCCCCAAAUUUGGCUUUGACGAGGUAGAUAACGGGUUUCUAAAGCUGGACAACAUUAGGAUCCCACUUGAGAACAUGCUGAUGAAGUAUGCAAAGGUGGAGCCUGAUGGGACGUAUCUAAAACCUCCCAGCGAUAAACUGACAUAUGGCACCAUGGUGUUUAUCAGGGCUAUGAUUGUGGGCGAAGCAGCCACUGCUCUGUCCAAAUCCUGCACCAUCGCCAUCCGAUACAGCGCUGUCCGACACCAGUCUGAACUACGGCCUGGAGAGCCAGAGCCACAGAUCUUGGACUACCAGGCUCAGCAGUAUAAACUGUUCCCACUGUUGGCCACCGCCUACGCCUUCACUUUUGUGGGUCAGUACAUGAGCAACACGUACCACAGCAUCAUGGGAGACAUCAACCAGGGAGAUUUCAGCCAACUGCCUGAGCUUCAUGCUCUGGCUGCGGGUCUAAAAGCAUUCACUACCUGGACCGUGAAUGCAGGUAUUGAGGUGUGUCGUAUGGCAUGUGGAGGUCAUGGUUACUCACAUUCCAGCGCUCUGCCCGAUGUCUAUGUGACAUUUACCGCUACGUGCACCUACGAAGGCGAGAACACGGUCAUGAUGCUGCAGACAGCCCGAUACCUGGUGAAGAGCUACAGGCAGGCACAUGAUGGGAAGAAGCUCAGUGGUAUUGUCUCAUACCUAAAUGAAUCUCAGCGUAUUCAGCCCCAUCACACUGCAUCCAGACCCACCGUGAUCAACAUCAACGACCUUCAAAGCCUUGUGGAGGCCUACAAGCUGCGCGCUGCCAGGUUGGUGGAAAUGGCAGCCAAGAGCUUGCAGACUGAGCUUCAGCGCAGAAAGAACCAGGAGGACGCAUGGAACAACAGCGCAAUCGAACUUGUUCGAGCCUCUAAUGCUCACUGUCAUUAUGUGGUGGUGAAGCUCUUUGUGGCCAAGCUGAAUGAAAUUGGCAAUACAGCAUUGCACUCUGUCCUGAACUCUCUUGCUCUGCUCUACACCCUACACGGCAUCGCCCAAAACUCUGGCGACUUCCUGCAGGCUGGUUUGCUGAGCGUUCCUCAGCUGGAUCAGGUCACUCAAAGGAUCAAGGCUCUGAUGGCUGAGAUCCGUCCCAAUGCUGUGGCUCUGGUGGAUGCUUUCGACUACUGUGAUGACAUUUUGAACUCAGUUCUAGGUCGUUAUGAUGGAAACGUCUAUGAGAACAUGUUCGAGUGGGCCAAGAAAUCCCCACUUAACCACACUGAGGUCCAUGAAUCCUUCUACAAGCACAUGAAACCUUUGCAGUCCAAACUGUAAGCGGGAAGCAUCAGUGUUUGAAUACUCUCUUCAACCAUACUACUAAUGGCACUAAUUAAUUCACUAAUUUAGUCAUGUAUGAUUAGAAGAUUCUGACUGAAUCUCUGUAGUCAGUAUGGCCUAGAUGAUCUGAAGUGCUGUUCCUGGAUCACUUUUUUUUUUUUAUUUCCCAUGUAUUAUAAGAAUGGGUUCUGUUAUCUAAACAUGGGAGCAUCUGAUCACUACAGUCGAAUGUUAACCACAGUCACAGUGUAAAUCAUGUCUAUAUAGGAAUAUUCGUGUGCUAAUAUGUAUGUUGGUAAUUGCUAAUCGUUGGGCAUUGUAUGUGUGGAUUUGUUAUCCAUGAUUCGAUUUUAAGCACUUAGCAGACGCUUUUGUCCAAAGUGAUUUACAAUUGUGAUGAAUACAAUCUGAGCAUGUUACGGGCCUUGCUCAAGGGCUCAGCAGUGGCAACUUGGUGAAUGUGGGGCUUGAACCAGUGACCUUCUGAUUACUAGGCCAGCAUCUUAACUAAGCUACCACUGCUCAUUAUGCUGCUCUACCCACACACAUGAUGCACUUAACAUAAGCCCCUAAUUCAGGAUUUCCAAAUUCAGACUAGAAAACUUUUAAAAAGCACAAUUCCAACUAGGAAUUCCUUUUGACAUGGGAAUGUGAAAACUGAAACUUAAUUCAAAGUACUCUCUUAAUUUUUUUUUUUAAUUAGACUUUGUAAUAUUUGCUUUAAAGUAUCAGACUCAGUCAUUGGGUAAAUCUGUAAAGUGGACUAUGCAUGAGCUUUUGGUGCUCAAACCCCAGCUUUAGUAAAUGCAUCCAGACUGUAAAUGACCUAAUUAAAUGGCCUAAUUUUUUCACAAGGUUGGUCAAACACCCCUUGGAUUAAAUUAGGGAAUGUGUCCAGUCGUCAAGUGAUUUCAUUUGUUUAUUAACAUUAAGCAUUAAAUAUACAUUAAAAAUUUUAUCAUAAAAUAUUGUACAAAGACACCCUAAAAAUCCAGAAGUAAUUGAUGAAAAAAGCUCCAAAAACAGCGGAGCUGGGCGCCUACAUGAACAACGAUUGGCCAUUGUUCACACAGGGUGGGAGAGCCGGACCAGGGCUCCUCAUAACUGAAACAGCUACAACCUCUGCUGGCGAGUCGAGGAAUAAUGCGUUGAUCAGGGUGUGGCUCUCCGUACACUGAGCCGAUCUGCAUAUGAACUCGCCUCAUGCAGGUAAAAAGAUGCAGUCAGCUACUGGACACGUGUCGGAGGGGGCGUGUGUCAGUUGCGGUGCUCCUCAGCAGUGGAGGUUAGCAUCGGUAGAGGGGUAGCGUAAUGCAAUCGGGGUAAUUGGAUACGACUAGAUUAGGGAGAAAAUUGGGGAAAAAAUAGCAAAAAAAAAUGCUUCUUUAAUUUAACUCUUUAAAAGCUGUUAAUUGACUUUACAUGCUCAUGCUCUGUUAAAAACCACCUAAACCUAGCUAAGACCAGCAAACCAUCUCAAACUGGUUUAUUCUUUUUUUAAGUGGAAGUGCAUCUUUAAGUGGGUCACAAGUAGUCGGAAAGAAGAGUGGUCUAAUCUCAUAUAUCUGAUAAUUUUUUCCCACUGGGCAUUUUUGAACAGCCCAUCAGUGGAACUGCCUGGUGAGGUGCUUGGUUGACUCCGAGAUCACAAGCUCUCAUGUUUGAACACCUGGCCAGGUGUUUGCACAGGCACCAUUUCCAUGCUUGUGUUCAUUUUUCACUGCACUACUCCAGUGUUUGUGGUAGUUUGUUAGCUUGGCUGUAAGUUGCAAUGAUUUGCAUGAAUCAUUAAACUAAUCAAACAAAAACUAAACUGCCUGCACCAGAAUAAUUGGCAUUUUUGAUGCAAUAUAAACAGCAAAACCAGGAUUUUUAUUUUACACAAUGUGAUUUGUACAACAGUGAAAUCUGUUAAUAUAAUAUUUUGGUAAUGGAACAAUAUCUGGUAAUAUUUUGUCCUAAAGAUUUUUAAAGCAUGAUGUCCUGUUCUUGGGAUCAAAAUGUCUUGUUAAAUGAUUUGUAUUGAGAAUAAUUUUGGAAAAGGUUAUGCCUUAAGUGAUUAUUAUAAAGUGUUAAUUAUGGUUAGUUUUUUUGUCCUACAUGUGAAAAAGGUCAGUAAUUUAAUUUACUUUUUGAUUCUAGAUAAAAAUUAGAGAUUAAAGGUUUCAAUCUAUUACUUUAAGAGAAAAUAGAUUAGUACUUGGACUACUGUAACUAAACAGCUGUUAAAAAAGCAAAAGACAUUGUUUCUAGUCACUGAUAUAUAGUCAACUGUUAUGACUGUUCGUAAGAUUAUUACAAUAAAAUGAAUUAAUUUGCAGUAAA